UUGUAUAUACUAUUUUAUAUUAAUUCAGAUACUGGAAUGCAAUAAUUCAGGACAGCUUAUUAAUUAUAAUUAUAUGAACUUAUAUAUAACAAUAAGUGUCUCUUUAUAAGAAUUACAAUUAAAAUAAUGAUCAAAUUUUUAAAUGCUAACUUGGGCUCACCAUGAAAAUAUCAAAAUCGGUUCAGUAGUUUCUGGCUUUUUGGUACCUACAAAAAAACAAAAUCUUUCCUCUGAAUAAUGUUUAUAGAGGUAAAUUCACAUCGUAUAGAUAAGUGAAAAUAGCAAGUAGUUUAUUAAUGCCAACACCCAUGAAUACAGGACCAGCGUCAUAGAUAAAGGCAUCUGAAAAUACUACCUAUAAUGAACCUUGAAAAUAAUAUUCCAAUCAACCGCCUCCGCUUUUCUCCGUCUAUGAUGAAGAUAAAAGUGCGUGUUAUAAAUAAAAAAGAUAUCGCCUGCACUAAGUCCAAAAGUAAUGGAAAGUACUUCAGUUUGAUUCUGGCCGAUGAAAGUGGGAAAAUUAGUGCCACAGCUUUUGAUAACAAUGCUGAAAGAUUCUUCUCUAAGUUUGAGGUUCAUGAGUUAUAUUAUAUCACCAAUUUUAGACUGGAAAGAAGCAAACCCGGGUACGAUAAAUUACAUGAGUAUUAUAUAACAUUAAUGCAAAAUACUGUGGUAGAAAGAUGUGAGCAUAAAUUAAAAUACACACCAAUCAUUGUAAUCGCCAAUACGAGUAUAGGAUCUGAAAUAGGUAAUUACUUAGAUGUAAUCGGUGUUUGCAAGUUAGCAGAUGAUAUAGAAGAAGUGAACGAUCGAACCGGCCAACCUAUAAAAAAGAGGCGCGUCAUCCUUGUUGAUAAUUCCGCUGCCGGAGCUCGUCUCACAGAAUUCAAAGGCAAGAGGUUCCUAUUAUGUACGAAAGCCACAAAAUUACAAUACAACCCUGAGUCGCCCGAAGCACACAAACUCAGAAUCUGGUACGAUAAUGGUGGUGCUAAUAUAGGCAUCGAAAAUUUAUCUGGAGUACACAGUUUCAAUGUAAACUCAGACGGAAAACGGGAAUGGAUAACACUAGCAGAAGUUGUAAAUAGAGUGUAUAGCGGCAAUUGCGAUGAUUAUUUCUGCCUCUGCGUUAUAAAUGUAAUCUUUUCAUCUAACGCCUUGUACAAGGCGUGCCCUACAGAACACUGUUAUAAGAAAAUGGUUGAACGUGAUAAUGUGUAUUACUGCGAAAAGUGCAAAAGAAAUUAUUCCAAUUUCGUUCACCGGUUCAGAUUUUGUGCUAAUGUGUCGGAUCCAACGGGUGAACAAGAAAUAACUUCAUUUAACGACAUUGCUGAAAAGUUGAUCGGGAGAAAAACAGCCGAUAUCGUAGAUAUGCUAAAUUGUAAUAGAAACAAAUACGCAAAUAUGUUCGAAGAUAUCCAAUAUAAGACAUUCGUUUUCAAAUUCCAAACACGCAAGGAAUAUUUUCAUGAUGAAGUUCGUCUGAAGACAAUAGUGAUGAACGCGCAGCCCGUGAACUACAAGGACGCGAACGCGAGACUCGUGCGCAGUAUCACGGCGCUAUGCAAUGUCGGCAUUUAAUAAAUUUUUCAAUAUAUUAUAAUUUUGUCCACAUAAGUUUACAUGUCAUAUACCUAAUAGAUAUAUGAAUUAAUGUAGAACGCUUAUUAUUACGAAUUAGGUAUAUAAUAAAUAAGACUGAAAAAUUUACUAAAUGUGUCACAUUUAUAAUCUGUGAUAAAAAAAUUAUUUACUAACGUUGAAUAUUAAUUACUAUGUAAAAUAACUAUAUUUUUAUUGAAAUAUAUUUUUAUACAUCGAU